AUGUUUGCUUCGCGUAGGAUCCCCUCCGCGCUUUCACGUGCUGCCUUCUCGCGGCCAUUCCACCACACACCUCGCGCCCUGGUCAAGGUCGGCGACAGCAUCCCUGAUGUCGAGCUUAUGGAGAACUCCCCUGGCAACAAGGUCAAGAUUGCCAAUGAGCUGAAGGGAAAGGGUCUCGUUAUCGGCGUGCCGGCCGCCUACUCCCCAUCCUGCAGCGAGUCCCAUAUCCCAGGAUACAUCAACUCGCCCAAGCUCAAGGAUGCCGGCUCUGUCUUUGUUGUUUCUGUGAAUGACCCAUUCGUGAUGAAGGCCUGGGGCAAAGUCCUAGAUCCCGACGGCAAGAGCGGUAUCCGCUUCCUAGCUGACCCCGCCCUCUCAUUCACCAACGCCCUGGACCUCUCUUUUGACGGGAAGGCCAUCUUCGGAGGUGACCGCAGCAAACGCUACGCUCUCGUCAUUGAGGAUGGGAAGGUCAAAGAGGCGUAUGUCGAGCCUGACAACACUGGCGUAAAGGGUACGUAG